AUGCCGCCCGCGGCUGAACGCGAUGAACGUGGUGCUUCGGGGCUUGAAUCUACACUCGAGGGUGCGCUUGCUACUGCCGCAGGUAUAGGCCUGAGCGAGGAAAUCCUGCACCAACGUCCUCGGAGUCGUUCCACGUCUCCUCCCAGUGCAGAACGUGCCGUCGACCUGGCUCCCAAGUCCCAGAGUAGACCCUCAUCGCCGGAGGUGGCCCGCGAGCUUGAUCAAACACCCCAUCGUCGUCGCGCAUCUAUGGCCCACUCGACGACCGAGUCACCCACUGCCGUGCCAUUGCAUUUCCGUCGACCUCCAACAUCGCCUGGGUUGUCUCGUGCUGUGCCUGUUGCACCAUCUCCUACGGCUAGCGGUGACUCUCCGACCUCCCCCAGCCAGACACGCCAUCGCCGUCCGAACUCUGUCGAGUUUAGGAAUUCUCGCGAGAUUCGUCCCCUCUGGCUCGUUGAGCGCCAUGGCUCCUCGAAGGGUGACCUGAUUGAACCUGACGAGGUCUUGCCCUCGCUUCCAUCUAGCAAGACUUCGUCCCGCGCCCCGUCCGUGGAGGACCUGCGCUCUCUCAACGAUGAAGAUGCCGUCCGCAGCUGGGAGCCGUUUGAUCUCAACCCGUCCUUAAUGGACCGUCGCAGACCAACUGGUCUGACUAUCUCGACUUCUCAUGCCAAUGAUCAGGCAGAUGGGGAUCUGCUUGAUUCCCAGCAGGCUACUCCCACUGCGGAAGACUUUGGUGCCUCCACGGGAUCCAAAAAACAGAAGCCUACGUAUGAGUUCCAUUCUCCGUCGGAACUCUUGCAAGAUCCCGCUACGUAUCCUGAGAUCCCUGGAUCGCCUGCUAUGGAGGCUCUUCCUUCUGCCGCGGGCUCGGUGGUUGGUGCGAAGGAUAGUGAUGUCUUUGAGACGCCAACUGAGGAGAAGGAGGCUCUGUUUGAUAAUUUAGAGGCUGCUAAGGGUGUCGGGUUUGCGGGCAUUGUUGAUGCUGCUGUUGUUGCUGCUGUUAAGGAGCAUAGCGAGCCCGCUGCCGCUGAGAAUGAGGACACCACUAGCGUUGCUACUGAGAGAGAGUUGCCUGUCGAGAUUACUACCGAGACGUCUACUGCCCUGGCACCGAAGUUUGGCGGUUUCGCUGAUAUCGUCAAUUCAGCCGUCAUGGCUGAGGUGGCUCAUGACAAGACCCCCGCCGAGGAAGAAGUUGGUGAGCCUGGCACCGCUAUCGAUGAGCGUGCUCCCAAGGACCUUGCCAUUGCACUUGCAGUGGAGCCUGAAGCAGUCAAAGAGUUGGUCCCUGAGCCUGCCGAGGAUCCGGCUCAACCUGUUGAGUCUCAACAGACAGAAGAACCUGUUGCUGAGGAGGUUUCAGCUACCUCUUCUUCGAAGAAGAAAAAGAAGAAGAAAGGGAAGAAGGGCCAAGCUAGUGUUGAUUUGUCUUCUGAGCCUGUGCCUGCUUCUGAAGAACAGACUCCGGUUGAGCCUCCCACCGAGGAGAAGGCUCCCACUUCUGAAGUCCCCGAGACCGAGACCCGUUCCAUUGAGGCUGAAGCUGUUUCUACUUCUACUGAUCAAGAUGUUGCUGUUACGCCCCAACCUGAAGUUGAAGCGGUCGAGAUGUCUCGCGAAGUUGUGCCUGAGCCUCUUCCCGCCGUGGUUACUGAGGUUGUUGAGACCGAGAAAAAUGUCCAGCCUGAACCGGAAUCUCAGCCUGUCGUUGAGGAGACCUCUGCUCCAGCUGAGUCGGAUGCUGUCAUCGCCACUGAGUCCCAGCCAGAGUCCAUGCCUGAGACCCCAGUUGACGUGACUGAGCUUGAGGCUCCUAUGACAGCUGCUCAAAAGCGCAAAGCCAAGAAAACAGCAAAGAAGAAGGCCAAGAGUCUUUCUAUUUCAGAGCCUGCGGAGAGUACGACCGAUGAGGUCGCAAUUGCUCAACCUUCUGAUGAGACUGCGGCUUUCCAUGAGGACAAGGGUCCCGACGCUGAGGCAGGCGAGGCAACUUCUGCGGUUGUGCACGAAGAGCAGGAUGUUUUCCAAGAUGCCAAUGCUCCAGAGAUCUCUGUUUCUGUCGAGCAGACAACACCCGAUAUCCAAGAGUCGCGUGACAUCAAGGAGACCGUUGAAUCAACUCCUCAAGAAGCUCACCAGCCUGCGGAUGACGUGACAAAGCCAAUUGAAGAAUUACAGUCUACCCCAGUCCCAGAAUUGGAUGUCGCCGGAGUUCAACCAGCCGAGGCUGUCCAAGUAGAGAGCACGACAGAGCCAGAGCCAAUUGUGGAUGCUGCUCAGCCCGACGAUAUUGUCGAGUCUGUAGCUGCCGCUGAAGAUGCUGCGAUGCCAGAAAAGCUCACCGAGAGCGACGACGAUCUUUUCCAUGAAGCUGUCGCAGAGCAGCCUGAUGUCUCCGAACAACAGAUGGCAACUGAGCCGGAAAUCUCCACUCAGCCCGCUGCAGAGCCCAUCGCUGAGACUGCACCGGCAGAACAGGAGCCUGGGGUUCAUAUGACCGCGGCGCAGAAAAAGAAGGCUAAGAAGGACAAGAAGAAGCGCAAGUCUGUUUCAUUCGAGGAUACCACAACUCCUUCCGAGGCCGCCGUUGAUGCUCAGGCUGAAGGGGUCGCUAAGGAACUGCAACCUCAACAGUCGCCUCCUGUUGAAGUUGUUGAAGCUCUAGAAUCCUUGACAAGCGGCGAGGUGCAGCCUUCUGAGAUCGAACAAGCCACUGGAGAGCAGCUCGAACCUCCAUCUGGGGAGACCAAAUAUUUGUCUGAACCUGCUGUUGAAGCUUCCAGAGACUUGGCCGAACCUUCUACCGAGGAAGCCGUGUCUGCUGCCCAGACUGACUCCUCUCCUUCUGGCGACUCCGAGCCAACUCCAACUCUUGAUAUCGCCGAGACUACUGACUCUACUCGCGAUCAGCCAGAGCAACCUGCUCCUCAACCUGAAGCCGAAGCCGACGCUGAGCCUGAGGUGCCUCUGACGGCGGCACAGAAGAAGAAGGCUAAAAAAGACAAGAGGAAAAAGGCUAAGCAGCAGAGUGUGUCUUCCCUUCCUGAUGAGGAGAAACUGGCUGAGCCAGAGUCUAUCGAGUCUCAAAACACUGAGGUUACUGAAGCCGACCAUGAAACUUCUGAGAGUGCUGAGCCUGCUGCUGAGCCGACUGUGUCUGCUGAGACUUCUGAGCCUGUUACAGCUGCAGAGCGUACCGAAUCCUCCGAACCUGCUCCCGAUACUCCCGGAGAUAUCUUCGAUACCGCCACGGAGACCCCUAUGGCCUCUGAACAGCCAUCGAUUGAUGUCCCUGGCCCAGAAGAAAAGCGUGAAGAGCCAAUCGCGGCCGAUCAGCCCAAACAAGAUGAGCCUACUUCUGGUCCAGAAACGGAGACCAUCCCGGAGGCCCCUGUCGGAGUGUCUGAUGUUGCUAAAUCUGAAGAAGAGCCCCCGAUCUCCGAAGACAAGCCAGAGCCAGAAGCCACUCCUGCCGAGCCUGAAGUCCCCAUGUCAGCAGCUGAAAAGAGAAAGGCUAAGAAGGCAAAGAAGAAGAAGCAGCAACAGGAGAGCAUCAGCUCUGUUUCCGAGGAGACGCCUGCAACUGAUGCAGCGUCUCUGACCGACGCUGACACUGCUGAGGCCGGCAAAGAAGUUCAAGAUGUACCCGAAGCGGAUGUUAAACUCGUGGAUGAUACACCUGCCCCUGUUGCUGAGCCCGAGAUCAUCGAGACUAGCAAAGAAAUUGACUCUAGCGAACUUCCUGCAGCAGAGCCCGAGACAAUUCCAUCGGUUAAGACUCCAGCGGAAGACAAGGCUGUUGAGCCAGCCGGCCAGGUGGCCCCUGCCUUAACAGAGGUGGAUGCCCAGGUUGAACCUCCUCGAGAAGAGGUGCCUCUUGAGCCUGAACAGCCCAAGGAAGAGGAACCAGCCCAGCCUCCCAUCGCUGAGCCUCUGCCCACCACUGAAGCUACAGAAUCACAGCCCGUCGAGUCAGAAACUCCCACAGCUGAACCUGAGGCUCCGAUGACUGCUGCGCAGAAGAAGAAGGCCAAAAAGGAGAAGAAAAAACAGCAAAAGCGGCAGUCUGCUCUUUUAGAUGAACAGGAUACAACCGAGACAGACGCUGCUCCCACCCAACAACAGGAGGUUGAGCCAACUGUUGAUGUGACUCAAGAGGUCUCUGUUUCCGAAGAGACCAACCCUGUCAAUGAACCUGCGCCGGCAGAAGCAGACAAGGAUGUUCAACCUGAGGCUAUACCCGUUGUUGAGGACAGCCCAGCCCCUGCCGAUAUUGAGAAGGAAGCUCCCGUGGAUACAUCCGCCAAUGAAUCUGUUACAACGGAGCCUCUUGUGGAGCCUUCCGCUGAUGCUCUCACUGCGCCUGAUGUACGCCUCCCAGAAUUUACUUCCCUCGACAUCACACGUAUAGAAUUGGCUGACCAUUACCAGGAGCCCAAGGAUGCUGCUACUGUAUCAGAGGAGACUGCUACAGAAAGCCCUAUGGUCGAUCAACUCACUCCCGACCAGUCUCUCGAAGAACCAGCUACCCCGGUUGAGACUCCAGUGGACACUGCUACAACGGAAGAGUCUACUGCAACCCCUGAGAUCGCGCCGGUAGAGCAGACUGAAGAGGCUGAACCGACUACUCCAUUGUCAAAGAAGGACAAGAAAAAGAAAAAGAAGAAGAACAAGUCUCUUGUCCUAGAGGAAGAGUCGCAGCCUGAGCCAGUUCAAGAAGAAUUGACCAAGUCAAAUGAACCUGUCGAACUUCUCGAACCUGUCGAGCUAACUGAACCUGCUGCGCUUAUCGAGUCUGCCAGAUCCGUUAAGCCUGUUGAGCCUGUCGAACUCGUUGAGCCUUCUCCGGUUCAGACUCUUGACACCACCAAGACGAUCGAGGAGCCUCAGUCUCUCCCUGUGACCGAAGAGCCCCAGAGCAUCGAACAGCCAUUCCCUGAAGAGACUGUCAAAGAUGAGGCCAUAUCAGAACAGCCCAGCACCGAGACCGCCGAAGAACCUUCUCAGCCCUCUGAGGCCGAGGUGCCAAUGACCGCUGCCGAAAAGCGAAAAGCCAAGAAAGACAAGAAGAAGCGCAAGUCUGUCGCCUUUGAGGAUGAAGCACGUGCUACUCAGACCGAGUCUCAGCCUGACCAAGAACAAGAUGCUCCAGCCGAAUCCACUGAGCCCAAGGAUGUUCCUUCCGAGGAGGCUGCUCCUACUCAAGAAUUGAGGGAGUCUUCUAAGGAUACUCCAGAAAUCGCGGCUGAAACUGUUGAGAAUCUCACCUCCGAACCUGAGGCUACAGCGAUGGAUCAGGUUGAAGCAUCCGCCGACCAAGCAGUCCCUGUGGAGGUUGAGGGAACGGAUGUGGCCGAGAGCGUGAAGGAGGAUUUCUCAGCGGACAAACCAGCAGACCACGAAGUUAAGGAGCCGGAGGACGAACCCUUGGCUUCUGCCCAAACUGAGGAACAACCUGCGGUUCCCAUCGAGCCUGAGACUACUUCAGACGGGAUGGCCGACAUUGUCGAAGAGCCCUCAGCUCUGAAUGCCGAGGCGACCGAAUCAGCAGCCGAAGCAGGUCUAUCAGCUAAGGAGCGCCGCAAGCUCAAGAAAAAGGAGAAGAAGAAGUCCAAAUCCGUGGACUUGACUGAAGAACUCCCUUCUCCCAUAGCGGCCUCGCAAGAGGCUGAAAUCCCAGCUGAGCCUCAGCCUGAAGCACCUAGAGAAGUUGAGCCCGAGGCGCCCCGGGUUGAGCAACAUGAAGACUUGACAUCGGUUGAUGUCGAUGUUCCCAAGGUGGACGAGGCCGAGGUUGCUGAAGCACCCGCCGACACCGAGAAGAACGACACUCCUGAGGCUGGUUUACCCGAGUCAAUUGACAGUCCCGAGCAAGCGGGCGAGCAGGAUAUCAUCGAGCCCAAAGAAUUGGACGACAAACUGCCCGUGAUCGAAACUGCAGAGCCCCCUGCGCAAGCGAUAGAAGAAAAGCUCGAGCAACCCGCCGAGCCAGAAGCAGAGGCCUCUCUGUCCGUCAAGGAGAGACGCAAGCUCAAGAAGAAGGAAAAGAAGCGCCAAUCCAAGAAUCUCGAUGUUGAUGAAAAUGUCACCGCCGAAGCCACCACCGAAUUGAAAAGCCCUUCCGACGAACCAGAGAAACCUGUCUCGGACGAACCUGGUACACGAGAACUCUCUGAACCCGUCACGGCAAGCUCGCCAGCGGAGAACGACGGUAAAGAACUUCAGUCCCACGACAUGGAAAUGCCCACCACGCCGGAAAAAGAUUUAGCUUCGACUGAUGAGUUCUUGUCUUCGCAGGUAGAGCAGCCGCAGAUAGAGAGUCGUUCUUCAGAUUAUCCUCCCCCACCCGUGCUUGAGCGUGAUUUUGAUUCUGGCGAAGGGAAGGAGGAUGUGCAGAAGGAGGAUGAUGAUGUUGUGCCAGUCUUGGAGCAACCGGAGGUGCCGAGUAUGGAAGGAGACAAGAGUCUUGGUGAUGUUGAAGAAGUCUCAGAGCAGAAGCAGCAGUAUGCUGUGGACGUUGAGCCUGUACAGGAAGAAGAAAAUCCCGGGGAAGUUGAGGUACCUGUAGCUGUGGAGGAGACAUCAAAGCCCAAGGAAGAGGAAUUGAUUGAGAGGGACCCAGUUGUCGAGUCUGCUAUCGAGGAGGUCGAACAGCCGGCCUUGUCCAAGAAGCAGAAGAAGAAGGACAAAAAGAAGAAACAGAAGCAGGAAGAGAAGGUGGAGGAAGAGGAAACUACCGCCCCUGGACCUAAGCAAUUGCCUGCAGAAGAGAAGGACCAGGCGGAGGCCCUCAUCGAGCCCAGUCAAGAGACCCACGAGCAGCCGAUCGCCGAGCUUGAACCAGCUGCCGAGCAACAGCCAGCGCAAAGUGCCGAGGAAAUCUCAACCGAACAGACCCGGGAUCUCGAUCUCUCGGUCUCUCAGCCCCAGCUUUCGGAAGAUGUGGAAUCAGUCAAGGACAUCGAACCUACCCAGGUAGAGAAUGUUGUUCCCGAGCCUGAGCAAUUGGAUGAAGCGCCGCUAUCGAGGAAGCUGAGCAAGAAAGAAAAGAAGAAGCAGCGUCAAGCUCUUGCACAACAAGCUGAGACAGAAGCUGUCUUUGAGCCCUUAGAGCAAGAAGCUCAGGCCACAGCUGAACCGGAAACCUCUGCUUCCGCACCUAUUGAGCAACAAGAAGAUAUUCAGCCUGCUGUCACCAGUGACGUCCCUGUCCAGUCUUCCAUCCCUCUCGAGGAUGACUCGAAGGAGGUUGAACUGCCUGUUAUUGAAGCAGAACAGCCUAUUGCGACAGGACAUGAACGAACAGAGCCAGUCGACGAACCAUUGUUUGAGGGGCCCAAGCCAGAGGGCGGCGAUUUAGCCCCAGCUCCUGCAGAUACCACGGUUAUUGUUCCUCCUCCGGAGCCUGCAGAGUCUUUAGAGCAAGUGCCAUCGGAGGACGCGCCGGAAGCUGCCGAGCAGCCGACAAUUACGAGGAAAAUGAGCAAGAAGGACAAGAAGAAGGCCGCCGCCGCCGCCGCUCUUGCAACUGAAGAGGAGAAGCCUGCCGAGCCAGAGCCUGCACUUAGCAACGCAUCCCCUGCCGCCGAAGAGAACAUCGACCUCUCCAAAGACGAGCCAGCUGUCGAUGAUACUCAGCAGUCCCCCGAGUCUGAGACUGAAUUGCAGCGACAGGCUGCGGAACAAGACCGCGACAACACCGAUCUAGUGGUUUCUGACACCACUGAAGAUGCGGCUGAGAAGCAGGUUGCAGAGGGAGAGCAGCAAGUUGAACCUUCUGCUGAAGAGCCUAAGCUUGAGCAAGUGAUUGAGGAGCCUGUUGUUGAUGAACCUAUCACUCGCAAGAUCUCUAAGAAGGAGAAGCGCAAAGCCAAGAAACAAGCCGAGCAGCAGGUGUUCGAUUCUCCUACGAUGGAGGCCGACACUGCUCAAGAGGCUGUCGCCGAACCUGAGCCCGAGGAUGUGGCUGUCAAAGAGUCAAUUCCAACGGAGCAACCCAGAGAGGUUGUUCCCGAGGCUGAGCCUGUCGCUCAAGAGGAAACGACAGCCCAGGAAAUUUCGCAGCCUGAGGAGCUGCCUAUUCCGAGCGAUGAUUAUCCGGAUGAAGAGAUCAAGGAGAUUGAGCAUAGUGAGCCCUCUGUUCCCUUGGGUUCUUCCGAUGCUCCAUCGUACGCAGAGGCCAAGAAUGAUCAACCCACGCUCGAGCUUGGAGAUGAACGUGCUUUCGAAGCUAUUGAUCCUGUUAAGGAAGAUGAUUUUGUCACAAAUCCUCCGGAAGAGCCUGAGAUGGUCGCGCCGCUUUCUAAGAAACUGUCCAAGAAAGAAAAGCGAAAGGCCAAGAAGAAGGGAAUUGUGGAAGAAGAACCCACUAGCUUGGAAGAUGAUUUGCAUGCUAUCCCCGAGCCUGCUCCUCCAGCUGAUUUCCAAGACGCAAGUGCCUUCGCUCUCAUGGCCGAGAAGACCGAGCCCAUGACAGAUCCUCCGGUUUUGUCUGAAUCAACAAAAGAGCCAAAGACGGAAGCCAAAACAACAAAGGAGAUUGAGCCUGCGAUCGACGCCCAACCCUCUGUCGAGCCAGAAGUUGUGACGGAUUCUCCUCCAAUUAUUACCAAUUCUCCGACCGAGGAGCCCGAACCUGAGCUGGAGACAGCCCUCUCGCGCAAAGCUUCGAAGAAAAAGGCCAAGAAGGCAAAGAAAGCUAGCCAAGCCUUGGAACUAGAGCCACCUGUGGACAAUGCGAUUGAACAACAAGAAUCUGGCGUGGCUCCUGAGCCGGAAGCAUUGACUAAGGAUAUUGCUGGUUCAGCUGUGCUGGAGAAGAAACAAGGUGAUGAGGACUGGCCUGCAAUUGAAUGGGAGGGUGGCCAUUCUCACAAACAUGAGCCAUCACAAGACAAGAUCCCCGAGCCAGAGCCAGUGACGCCUAUUCCUGAGUCGGAAGCUAUCGGUGAUUACGAUGAGUCUGCCAUUCCCUCUGCGUUGCAAGAGGUUCAGAGGAAUUUGGAGCAGCUCGUCGAGGAAGACGGAGAAACUUGGUCUGCACCCCUCAGCAAGAAAGAUAAAAAGAAGGCCAAGAAGACCAAGCGCAAGUCAGACCAGGCGGCCCUGGCAAUCGGUGAACCCGACGAAGAGCCGUCUCACAAGAAGAUCGAGCUGGUGCAUGAAUCCACAACUGCACUACCAGUGGAACUCCCAGUCUCUGCUCCCAAAGAGAUCGAGGCUGAGCCACCUGCUCGAACUACGACUCCCGGUGGCUCCAAGAUUGCAAGCCUCUUCCCAGGGUUAGAACGGGGAGGGUUUCGGCGAUCGGUUCUGGACAUCAAAUCACCGUCGCUAAAAGAUAGUGCUGAGGAAGAGACCGCAGCGGACUUGGAAGCAAAUCGCGAAAUCGCGAUCCCCGUCUCGGAAGCACCCCUAGCGACCACUGAUACCACCGACAAGCGUCACUUUGGCCACGAGAUACCUACGGAGGAGAAACGAGAAGAGUUGCCCGAAGACUUGCAGGAUACGACUAUCGAAUAUGAUGCUCCAGCGGUUAGCUACUUGCAGCCAGAGUCACCAAUCGAUCCCGAACUGCCAAUCCACCGUGAGCGCUCCGUCGCAGAUCAAUUCCCAUCGCCUGGUCAUGCUGCCUCUAAGGAGCGAUCAUCCAUGCUGUUUGGCUCGUCCCCGUCUACUCGCACCGAAGAAGCCUCUUCGCCCCGGCGACUGUUGCCCUCCCAGAUGGAUGCCCCUGAUGAUGCCUCCUGUGGAUUGCGCCGAACUCCAACUGUGAUCCACGGGCGACACCAGCAGACUCCCCGUACCUGGAACUUGGAGGAAUCGUCUAUCCCCGCUCCAUCUUCCUCCCCGCCUCGCUCUAUCUUUGGGGGACAUUACGAUGAGCCCCAUUCCCGGCCCCGGACUCCGCUGGACCCCAUUGCGGAGCAGGAGCCAGGGGACGGGAACCACGCAUCCACGGCUCGCGACGGGACUCCCCGUUUGGAGAUCAAGCCAGAGCAUGUCUUGCCCCGACCUCAUACUCCCGUGCGGAAGUUUACAGACAAUGCCAUGGCCCGAGAGACCUGGCCAACUCCGGACAAUGAACACAAUGACAAAACCCGGAGCCAUGAUGACCUUUCCAAGGCCAGCAAACUCAGCGGCGAGUCGGGAUCACCCAUGACCCAAACGCCUGAGCAGGGUAUACCUGUAUUGAAGCCCAGCGGCAGCAAGGGUAAGCUGCGUCGCACGAAUCGCAGCACGAGCAGCGAUCUGCGGGGCGCUAGCAAAGCGCUAGGCUCUUCCCAGCCUCCCCCAACCCUCGAUCUCGACCAGCUUCCUUCUUCUUCCUCCUACGACCCUGUCACCGACAAGGGCAAGCGUCCCCUGCGAAACAUGUCGGAUGUCUAUGAGGGAUGGGGUGAGACGCCCAGCUCCCCACGGUCGCCCAGCCGACCGCCAAGUGUCCGCCGUCGUCAGAGUGUGCAACACCUUCAAGAGAUGGAAUCUCGCCUCGAUCAACUCAUCUCGGAAAAUCGCCUCUUGAUUUCCGCUCGCGAUGAAGCCGAAGAUAAAUUGCGCAAUGCGAGCGUCGCUCGCCGGAAGAGCGAUCGGGCCCUCAAUACCAGCGGCGCCGACUUGCGGGACAAGGAAGCCGAAGUGGAACAACUGAAGACUUCAGUAGAGUGGCUGCAGCGGGAAAUGAGCCGUCUGACCCAGGAGAAUGAGGGUUUGACGGCGUCAAAUGCUGCUCUCGCUGCCGCGCACGCAGAUGAAGUCAACACUGUGCGCGAGUCAUCCACACGAGAGCUGGAUGACCUGCGGUCGCAACAUGCUGCGUUGUCCACUCAGGUGGAUACUCGUGUGCGGCAAGAGAUUGAGUCGGCUCUUGCUCAAAAGGACGCGGAAUUGCGACGUCUCCGUGAAGAGCUGGAGGAAGCCCGCGACAAAGUGAAGGAGCUCCAGCAACAGAUCGCAUCGUCGCUUCAAGACAAUACACUCGUCUUCCGAGACGAGGACUACUUCGAUGCUGCCUGCCAGAAGCUCUGCGGUCAUGUCCAACAAUGGGUACUGCGCUUCUCGAAGCACUCUGACCACCGUCGCUGCCGCACUCUGAGUGAGCUGCACGACGAGAAGAUCGCGGAUCGUUUCGACAAUGCCCUGCUCGAUGGCUCCGAUGCCGACUCCUACCUCUCCGAUCGUGUUCGCCGACGUGAUAUGUUCAUGUCGGUGGUCAUGACCAUGGUGUGGGAGUACAUCUUCACCCGUUACCUCUUCGGUAUGGACCGUGAGCAACGCCAGAAGCUCAAGUCGCUUGAGAAACAACUGGGCGAGGUGGGUUCCCGGCGUGCCGUUCACCGCUGGCGUGCAACUACCUUGACCUUGCUAUCGAAGCGCCCGGCUUUUGCUUCCCAGCGUCAAAGCGACACCGAAGCUGUCGCUCUCGAGAUCUUCGGUACUUUGUCUCGCGUCCUUCCACCCCCGUCACAGGUGGAAGCUCAGCUCCUCGAAUCCCUACGCAAGGUUCUGAGGGUUGCUGUCAACCUCUCCCUAGAGAUGCGUACCCAGCUGGCUGAAUUCAUCAUGCUGCCCCCUCUCCAACCUGAAUACGACACCAACGGCGACCUGGCCCGCCAAGUCUACUUCAACGCCUCGUUGAUGAACGAGCGCAGCGGCGAAACCACCUCCAACGACGAGCUAGAGGCCCAACAAGCCGUCGUCCGCAUUGUUCUCUUCCCUCUUGUCGUCAAGAAGGGCAACGAUGUAGGCGAAGGCGAUGACGAAGUCGUCGUCUGCCCCGCUCAAGUCCUCGUUGCGCGCCCGGGCAAAGACAACCGUGUCUCCAAGAGGAUGAGCGUUGACCGUAUGUCCGUGGAUGCCCGCUCGGUCUAUAGUGCUGCACCGAGCAUGGCACCUCCCUCGGUGAUGGACAUGAGCAAUGUGAUCUGA